UCCUGAAAGUUUUUGGUUUAAUGAAAUAUGAUCUGUGUUUAACACAAGGUGCACAGGUGCUCCUAUAGCCACAGAAAACAAUAAUUAUUAUGUGGGGGCUAUUUUCCCUCCACUCAAUAAUAAAUCUAUUCAAGUUAUAUCUCUUCUAGUCACGUUCUCCUUUAAGGAUCACCUUCUGCCAUCCCUGUCCAAAGUCCUGGGGUGCUUCUUGAUAAGGUAGACACUGUUGGCACCACCGUCACUCUGCUAUACGCCGUCCCAGGACGACGUCUCUCACCCAGGAUGGACAACGUGUACGAGGCCCCGGAGCUCUACCAGAACCAGUCGUCAGGUGUAUAUGAAAUGACCUGCGAGGAGGAAGAGGUGUAUGAGGAGCCCUCGGACAUGAUGGCAGAGUACCAGAACACCGGGCGGGCCAGAGGAACAAUACCAACUCCCCCCUCUGUCCCACCACCCCCCCGUCCCACCAAGGAGAGGCGAGGCAGUUCUUCAUCGUCAUCCUCGUCCUCCUCGCAUGUUGAGGAUAGAGAGAGAGGGCCGGCGGAAGACUGGAAAAGGGAGGAGGAGGACGAUAAGAUUGAGGUGAAAGAGAGAAGCAAAGACCUUGUGUGUGAGAGGGGGUCUCCAGAAGUGGAGGAGGAUGGCAGAAAGUCAUCACGCAGGUCCUCAUCAUCAUCUUCAUCGUCUUCAUCAGCCUCAGAGAAGGAGGGAGCCGAGGAGAAGCCAGAGCCUGAAAAGGACGUGCCGGAGAUCGCACUUUUUACAAAGGCCGGUAGUGAUGGCGAGAGCAUUGGAAACUGUCCGUUCUCUCAGCGCCUCUUCAUGAUCCUCUGGCUGAAGGGGGUCGUCUUCAAUGUCACCACUGUCGACCUCAAGAGGAAACCGGCCGACCUGCACAACCUGGCCCCGGGGACUCACCCGCCCUUCCUCACCUUCCAGGGGGAGGUUCUCACCGACGUCAACAAGGUGGAGGAGCAUCUGGAGGCCAUGCUGGCUCCGCCCAAGUAUCCCAAACUGGCAGCAAAGAACCGGGGAUCCAACACGGCAGGAAAUGACAUAUUUGCCAAGUUCUCAGCUUACGUGAAAAACACACGACCGGAUAAGCACAGAGAUUUGGAGAAGAGUCUGAACAAGGCCUUGGCCAAGCUGGACGAGUAUCUGCAGAGUCCGCUGGCCGACGAGGGGCAGGAGGGACGCGGCGGCGGAAAGGAGGAGUCGACUCGCAAAUACCUGGACGGCGACGAGCUCACAUUGGCCGACUGCAACCUCUUGCCCAAACUCCAUGUCGUCAAGGUGGUCGCGAAGAAAUACCGGAACUAUGACAUCCCGUCUGAAUUCAGAGGGGUGUGGCGUUACCUCGGCAACGCCUACAGCCGAGACGAGUUCAACAACACGUGUGCGGCGGACGUGGAAAUCGAGCUCGCCUACAGGGACGUGGCCAAGAGGCUGGGGAAAUGAACCACACACACUCACUAUUUAGCCUUUUUCUGUUUUUUGGGGGGGAAAUCUAACUUCUGAUUCACAUUCACUCUUCUCUACGCAGGAGGAUGUAUCAUAUUUUUUUUAACACUGAUUUGCUGAAAUAUGCUUGAAUGCUUUGUUUUCUAAAGAGAGCAUGUUCACUCUGAUGCCUCUGAAACAAAUGAUGGACGUGCACAACUGUUUCUUUAUGCUGAUUAUACUGCGGAUCAUUUUCAGAAAGUAGUGGUGUUAUUAAUUAUGGGGGGAAAUAAUCAUGUUAGCUAUAGAUUUGUUCUUGUAGAUUAAAAACUGACAGAACAAUGUUGUAAAAAUACAGUUAGGAAAUAAAAUAAAAUAAAAAAUUUGAGGCAGUUAAAUGAAAUUAUAAUGAAAUAUGAAUAGUUUUUGAUGGAGAUUACUUAUCCAAUCUCCUUUAAAAACACAAUAUUACUUUAACAGUCUCGCACCACAGUCUACAGCCCAUUAUAACAGUGUAUUUCAGAUUAAAAGUUUUACAGUCAAUCUUAAAAAUAAGGCGAUUGUGAGAAGAAAAGCUGUCGACGAAUGUAAUUUUAAUCACGAGUGCCUUCGUGAAGCUCUCAUCUGCCUCCAGCGCUUUAUGUCUGUACAGUAAAUUAUAUAUAUUUGAAUAUAAAAUGAAUGGGAAUUAUCGAUGUCAUCCAAGGACGUCUGCUUGGUGAAUCUGUGUGAUGAUGAUAAGAUACGUCUGUAAAUGAUUAUAGCUCAAGUGCAUCAAUAGUCUUUCUGAUGAUUAGAAGCACAAACCCACUUGUGUACAUGUCACUUCUUUGAAUAAAAAUCUAUUUUCUCAGA